AUGUUACAACUUCGUUGUUGGAAUCAUGCUAUUCAAGAUUUAAAAUUAGGUGCUAAAAAGCAUUUUAAUAUUAAAGAAGAAGUAAAUGCUGUUCAGGAUAUUGUUGUUCAAGAUGUUGUUGCUCAAGCAAAUAAAAAGGAAACUUUAGCUAAUGCAAUUGAUACAAUUACAAACCUUCUACGUGCAACAUCUCGUACUGAUUUUUUUAUCGAUCGAAAUUCCAUUCAACAAGAAACAUUAACAAAUACUGCCCGGGCUACUCUUCUUCUUGGACAAGAUUUAGUUCAAUAUCAUGCUAAUACCAAAGUAUUUACUGUUCGAUCUCUCGACCAUCAUUUGGUUCACGUCGUUCACAUGAAUGAUCCAAAACGACUAUUUCGAUGUUCAUGUCCUAGCACGUUACAAAAUUGCUCACAUGUGCUUGCUGUUAAACUGUUUCUAGGUAUACUGGCAGAUAAAUGCAACAAUAAGAUUAAUCUUGGUCAUGAACGAAAAAGAAAACGAAUUGACGACAAGAUAACAAAGCCAGGUGGUAAACGUCCUCGACGUAUUGAUAAAGAAUCAAAUAAAAAAUAUACAUCUCCAUAUUUUUCGGCAUCACAAAUCAACACAACAAAUGAUUCUCAAACAUGUCAAGGUGAUAUUACUUCUUCUAGAGUAAAUACAUCAAUUAAUUCACCGCCAGUUAUUCGUGCACUCACCGGCGUAUCUAAUUUACCAUCAUCAUCAACAUCUACUGUUGAUGUUGCACCAAAACUAGUUCGAGUAAUUCGUUUUCUUACACCAAUAAAUGUUACCGUUCCACUACCGCAAUCAAAUCAAUACGUUGCUUAUAUACCAUGA